ACAAUCUACACUUCCUAAAGCAAGAAGAAAAGCAGGAACCAGGCACAAGGUCCUGUGUGUACCCACCUUAAGAUCUGAGAUAGAUCUGACCCAAUUUAAAGCACUAUCAAAAUCCAGAUCGCGGACAUUGAUUCCUCUCAUCACUUGCCCUGUGUGCAGAGGUUCCACUGUCCCUGGAACUGAGGAGAAAGGGCCACCAGCCUAACGGUGAUCAGCGUCUCCAUCUGAGAACGUCGUCAGAGCAGCUCCUGGGAAAGCAAAAAAAAAAAAAACAAAAAACAAAAAAACAAAACAAAACAAAACAAAACAAAAAAAGCGUCUCCAGACACCGUCGGUCAGUGUCAUGAAGCCUUCAAUGCUCCUGUUGGUCCUGUUCCUCUGCGUGCUCCUGCUGCCUGCCCCGGGAUGGAAAAAGAAGAAGUACUCUCAGAGAGAGUUGUCACUUCAGGAGUGCUGGGGACAGCCAAAAGUUAAUGAUUGUAAGAAGAAGUGUUCUAGACGUUUCAGAUGUUUACAAAAAAAUCACACAUGCUGCUGGACCUACUGUGGUAACAUCUGUGCACCAACUGGGAAAUUUUUUGAAAGAAAGAAAUGACCCUGACUUCUCAGUGGCUCGACCUCAUGUGAGCUAGCAGACAUUUGGAGACCUCAGUGGUGACUUUAGAAAUGCUGUGUUUAUUGGUGGGUAAAAAGGCAAACAUAUUUGAAAAAUAAAUCACUCAAACAGCUGGGC